CAUGUCAGAUCAGAUAAUGUAAUUAAAAGCCAAUUAGAUUUAUUUUCCUGACCAGUAUGUUCUUAGCUACUCACCAAUACAUAUAGCCAAAGUUAUAAAAUAAAUAUGUUUUUAUAUUUCCUCUUUGCGCUUGUGGCGACAAGCUUAGCACGACCGCCCCAUUUCGAAGUAAGCCUAGAUGUUUCGAUAGCAAACGAAAACGCGAGAACUCCUGCUCCACUGAACGUGAUAACGGUGCCAACGAAUUGUCCUGCGGGUCAGGAAUAUAUCAAUGGAGCAUGCCGUGAUGUUUGGAGAGCAGAAAUUAUUGACAGGACUCCUGCUCCACUAAAUAUGAUAACCGUUCCAACCAAUUGUCCUGCAGGUCAAGAAUAUAUCAAUGGAGCAUGCCGUGAUGUUUGGAGAUCUGCGAAUAAUGGCAGAACCCCCUCUCCAUUGAAUGUAAUAACCGUGCCAACAAAUUGCCCUGAUGGUCAGGAAUACAUCAAUGGAGAAUGCCGUGAUGUUUGGAAAGCAGAUAAUAUUGACAGAACCCCUGCUCCACUGAACGUUAUAACGGUGCCUACGAAUUGCCCUGCAGGUCAAGAAUAUAUCAAUGGAGCUUGCCGUGAUGUUUGGAGAACUGACAAUAUUGGCAGAACCCCCUCUCCAUUGAAUGUAAUAACCGUGCCAACAAAUUGCCCUGAUGGUCAGGAAUACAUCAAUGGAGAAUGCCGUGAUGUUUGGAGAGAAGAAAUUAUUGACCGGACUCCUGCUCCACUAAACAUGAUAACCGUUCCAACGAAUUGUCCUGCGGGUCAAGAAUACAUCAAUGGAGCAUGCCGUGAUGUUUGGAGAGCAGAAAUUAUUGACAGGACUCCUGCUCCACUAAACAUGAUAACCGUCCCAACGAAUUGCCCUGCUGGUCAAGAAUAUAUCAAUGGAGCAUGCCGUGAUGUUUGGAGAGCAGAAAUUAUUGACAGGACUCCUGCUCCACUAAACAUGAUAACCGUUCCAACGAAUUGCCCUGCUGGUCAAGAAUAUAUCAAUGGAGCAUGCCGUGAUGUGUGGAGAGCUGAGAAUAAUGGCAGAACCCCCUCUCCAUUGAAUGUAAUAACUGUGCCAACAAAUUGCCCUGAUGGUCAGGAAUACAUCAAUGGAGAAUGCCGUGAUGUUUGGAGAGCUGACAAUAAUGGCAGAACCCCCUCUCCAUUGAAUGUAAUAACCGUGCCAACAAAUUGCCCUGAUGGUCAGGAAUACAUCAAUGGAGAAUGCCGUGAUGUUUGGAGAACAGAUAAUAUUGGCAGAACCCCUGCUCCACUGAACGUUAUAACGGUGCCUACGAAUUGCCCUGAUGGUCAGGAAUACAUCAAUGGAGAAUGCCGUGAUGUUUGGAGAAUAGACAAUAUUGGCAGAACUCCUGCACCUCUGAAUGUGAUAACUGUGCCAACGAACUGCCCUCCUGGUCAAGAAUAUAUCAAUGGAGCAUGCCGAGAUGUUUGGAUCAAAAUUAAUCCAAAAUUUUCACUUUUAGAAAAAUCAGCCACUGAAGUUGAAGAUCAUCCAAAUCAAGAAAUGGUGGAACUAGUCAAUAUCCUCGAUUAUUUUUCGAGAAAUGUUAUAAGUGUGCCUAACCAAUGCCCGGCGGGAUAUGCACCAGACGCGCUUGGUGUUUGCAGAGAGAUUUGGGUGCUAUAA